AUGAAAACAUAUGCGAUUGUUCUCAUAGUCUGUGCUUCAGUUGCUGCAGCAGUAAUUCUCUUGUGUUGUCUCUGUAAGAUUAAUGGUAGAAAAAAGAAAACCAAAGUUCCACCAAUCCGGGCAGCUCGUGACCUCGAAGUUGGUAGAACCACCACCAGUACUACUUCCGCUAAAAAAAAUGCAGGAGUGGUUAUUCUCGCUGGAGCUGCAGCUUCUGUAGCUACAGCCGCUGUAAUUGUUAGUGAUAGUGGUGGCGGAGGUUGUGGUGGUGGUGGAGAUGGUGGAGAUGGUGGUGGGGACGGUGGAGAUGGUGGAGGAUGUGGUGGUGGUGGGUGCGGUGGUGGUGGUUGUGGAGGGGGUUGUGGAGGUUAA